UCUUUUUAGUCCUCAGUUCUACAGAGUAGGCACAUCGGUAUGGGUGGAGCGCCAGUCCAAGUUAUAAUAGCAAUAGCGCAGAUCAUCUUUUACAUCCCCGUUAUUGUGCUCGCAGCAAUUCUGUUGUUCUACCGCCAUGGACCCCCUCGAUUGCCAUGGUACAUCCUGCAAAUCUUCUGCGCAGUUCGAGUUGCUUGUGGCGUUGUUGUGAUUCUAUAUGAGAAUAGCCCAAAGAGCGUCAAUCUUUAUAUUGCCGCCCUGGUUCUUUUGAAUGCCGGACUGUUGCCCUUGAUCGGGGCUACUCUCGGCCUCUUACGGCUCAUCAUCUUUUAUGACUUCCAAAGCAACAAGAGUCUCAAUCUGCCUAUGAUCCUGUCCAGGAUCUUAUUCCUUAUCGGCAUUGCAUUGGUGAUUUCAGGCGGUUCCGUGAUGGGGAACACUACCGAGGCCAACUCCUUGACGACAGGAAGAGCACUUACCAAAGAUGGCUACAUUGUUGUUGCUAUCUUCAUGGCAGUAUUAAUCGUCUUUCAGGGCUACUUCUGGACGCAAUACUCUCGUCUGUCUCGCCCAAGUGUAACGAUCCUAAAAGGAAUAGCCCUCGCCGUUCCAUUUCUCAUUGUGCGCAUUUCUUGGCUUUUCCUGUCCAUCUACCAUCCCGACGAUCCGCGCUGGAGCAACCUAGACGGAGAUAUUGGUCCAUUUGUCGUCAUGACCGCGGUAAUGGAGUACAUUGUGGUCUGGAUUUACAUCGGGACUGGCUUCAUGAUCCCGGCUACAAAACGGGUGGUUGAUCCUGCUAGUGAUCCAGCGCGGGAAACCAAUCUCGAACCGGCGCUGGAGCAGGGCACUCUGUACGCUAAGAUUCCCUCUCGAGAUCGGGUAUAGAACACUAUCCAGUAUUCACCUUUUUAUGUGUGUGUGUGUUUUUUUUUUUUUUUUUUUUUUUUUCUU